GACUACUGUUGUUACCGUUGACAUGUCACUUUCCGAUUUAAUACUCCUUCGGAGAAAUUAAUACAUUGAUACAGCCAAUUACUUCGAUGAAAAGACUUGUGGAUGUAAAAUCUCAAGUAAUUUUGGAGUAGUAUAAUUCUAGUAUAUAAUCAAAUCAAUUGAUUGCGAUCAUUUGAGUAUGGGGAGUAGCGGCGAGUCGUUGAUGAUGAUGAGUGUCAUCGGCGCCGGAGACGCCACAGCCGGCGACAUAGAAUCACCACCACCACCUCAACAACAGCGACAACGAAGUAGUCACUCACUCGAAUUAUCAGCAACAGCAGCUAGAUCGCUUGAAGAAGGCGAUUCGAUAAAAAGAAACGAGAAUGAAGAUGAUACUGAUGAUGAUCAUAUUGUUCCGCUUUUGAGUCAGUCUCAGAAGCCUAAAAUCAACAUCUUCUCGCUCUCUUACUCUAGACCUAAAUCUAACCGAGAGCAGAUCACAAGAUUAGCUGAAACAGAGACGUCACUGUUUAGUUUGUCUGUAAUGUGGGUAUGGGGCGGUUCUAGGUAUUCUGGUCUUUUGUGCGUUGCGUUGUCGUCAUUUAUCUACUGUCUGAUGGAACUUUUUGCAGACUUAUUUUCUGUGCAACCUAUUCCUCUAUUUGAGAUAGCAUUCGCGAGGUGUACAGUAAUGGCCAUAAUAUCAUUUGUUUGGUUGAAGAAAAGUGGAUAUCCAGUAUUUGGACCAGCAAAUGUCAGGAAACUUCUUGUAUCAAGAGCUGUUGUUGGUUACAUUUCAUUGAUGAGUUUUAUUUACUGCAUGCAAAGGUUACCUCUAUCACAGGCUAUUGUUUUGAGCUUCACAACUCCAAUAAUGGCAUCAGUUGCUGCAAGAUUCAUUUUGCAUGAAAAGAUCAAAAUUGCUGAAUUAGGAGGUCUUGCUUGUAGUUUCUUUGGCGUGCUCUUCAUUUUCCACUCAAUGUUUAUCGCACAAGGUGGGAUGGUAAAAGUUGGGCAAGCAAGUGAUUCAAUUGUACGAGAAACUGAUCAGACUUAUGGACUUGUAAUUGGUUUGUUUUCGUCUGUACUUGGUGGUAUUAGCUACUGCCUUGUCCGUGCCGGAGCAAAGGCAUCUGAUCAACCUGUAUUGACAGUGUUUUCUUUUGCUGUAUUUGCUAGUCCUUCGGCAGCAAUAUGUACAUUUGCCUUCCAAGAAUUUGUGAUGCCCGGUUUUUAUUCUUUCAUCCUUAUGGUUAUAAUGGGUUUACUGGCAUUAUUCGCGGAGAUUUUUUUAGCUCGAGGACUUCAAUUAGAGAAAACAAGCAAGAUUGCAAACGUUCAGUACCUUGAGGCUGCUCUCUCACAGAUUUGGGUAAUGGGUUCUUUGACAGUUGUUCCAUCAUUUGGUAGACUUGUUGGGUGUCUACUUAUUUUGGCAUCCAUUUGUUCUACUUUCUUUGUUGGACCUGAAAAGGAGGUUGAAUGAUGCUACUCUGUAUAGUUAAUUUAUAGUUUUGAAUGAAAAUUAUUUGCUGCUCAAAUUCUUCAGCAAUUUACAGAACUGGCGCCA